GGCGGAAAAGCCCGAGUGCGGGACAUCCGGUCGGGCUUCAACAUAAACAGCGAUGGCGGAGGCAGCAGCAGCGUCCACGGCAGCUCCGGUGGGGACGGGCGGCUGGACCAAACACGUAACCUGCAGGUAUUUCAUGCACGGUUUGUGUAAAGAGGGGGAGAACUGCCGCUACUCUCACGACCUCAUGAGCAGCAAACCCGCCAACAUGAUCUGCAAGUUCUACCAGAAGGGGACGUGUGCGUACGGAGAGCGCUGCAGGUUUGAACACAGUAAAGUGAAAGAGGAGCUGCCUCCGAAGACGCUGCCGUGCGCCCAACCGCCAUCAGACCCACAGUCCAGACCAGAGACCAGACCAGAGUCCAGACCAGAGACCAGACCUGCUCCGGACUGGGUCAACGCAGCAGAGUUUGUCCCUGGUCAGCCGUACUGUGGGAGAGGUCAGUCUGAACGCACACACAAACAAACGCACACAAACACCAACGCACACAAACGCAAGCAAACACAAACGCACAUGCAGGUGUCAGCAUCUUGGCGUGUGUCGUCCGCAGGCUCGGCGAAGGCGGAGUCGUGCGUGGCGCUCAUAGAGGACGCGGCGGCGGAGGACACAGAGGAGCGCAGGACCCAGGGGAAGACGCUGUGCCCGUACGCGGCGGUGGGCGAGUGUCGGUACGGCCUGAACUGUGCAUAUCUCCACGGCGACGUCUGCGACAUGUGCGGGCUCCAAGUGCUCCACCCCACGGACACCUCCCAGCGCUCAGAGCACACAAAGGCGUGCAUAGAGGCUCACGAGAAGGACAUGGAGCUGUCGUUUGCCGUGCAGCGCAGUAAAGACAUGAUGUGCGGCGUGUGCAUGGAGGUGGUGUUUGAAAAGGCCAAUCCGAGCGAGCGCCGCUUCGGGAUCCUGUCCAACUGCUCCCACUGCUACUGCCUCAAGUGCAUCCGCAAGUGGAGGAGAGCCAAGCAGUUCGAGAGCAAGAUCAUCAAGUCGUGUCCCGAGUGUCGAAUCACGUCAAACUUCGUGAUCCCGAGCGAGUACUGGGUCGAAGACAAAGACGACAAACAGAAACUCAUCCAGAAGUACAAGGACGGAAUGGGGACUAAAGCGUGCCGGUACUUCGACGAAGGCCGUGGGACGUGUCCUUUCGGUUCAAACUGUUUUUACAAACACGCGUUUCCCGACGGUCGCCUGGAGGAGGCGCAACCACAGAGACAGAGGCCGAGCGGAGGACACAGGAGCAGGGCCUCCAGGCGCACCCCGCUCUGGGACCUGCUGGACGAGCGCGACAGCACGGACUCUCUGGACGACGAGGAGGACCUGGUGACGUUUGAACUCAGCGAGAUGCUCCUGAUGUUGCUGGCGGCGGGGACGGACGAGGACGCCACGGACUCAGAGGACGAAUGGGACCUGUUCCACGAAGAGCUCGACGACUUCUACGAGAUCUACCUAUAGCGUCCCCCCCCCGGAGGCUGUGGCCGGCGGGCAGGCGGGCGGCGGGCAGGCGGCGGGGCAGGGCGGAGUCUAAACACACUCUAAAAAAAACCCAUGCGUCUCUUCAAACCUCUGCUCCUCCCAUCACAGAAAGAACAGGACAAAAGUCUAGAGCGCUGCUGUGGUCGACUAAAAACAGGCUGAAACUUCCAUCAUAAAGCUGCACUCUGUAACUUUUCGGGUUGGGAUUCGUCACCUGCUUGUUUCUAUGGAUACGCCAUUGCUCGGUCUGCAAUGUCCCACAGUGUGACAUUAAACAGCUCAAUCACAGGAGGGUUUAAAUCUCAAAAA